GGAGCCGGAGGUGUUUUACACACGGGCUGAACUUUGAGAAGACAGGACAACAAGAUGGUGUUAAGGCGGAGGAGAAACGCAGGAAAUGCCCAAAUUAAAGAACAGCAGAGCUCAGAGAUGCAAUACAACAGACGGACUCUCUUCAUUCAACAGUUUGAGAAAGAAGCACAGGAGCGCAUGAACGAGUUAGAAGCCAGAAUGGAAAACACGUUGGCAACAGUGGACAAAGUCUUCAAAGUGGAGCUGAUGAAGACGCUUCCUUCUCUUCAAAACACGCUCAUAGGAGAUUUAAUAAGCCAGGAGGAAAUCUCAGCAAGUGAGGUGUCAAUUGCAAUGAAGAAUGAGUCCCUUGAGAUGCAGCCGCCCCUUAGGAGGGUACACAGUAAAAGAGGAAAAUCAACUGAUUCUUCACCAGCUCAGUCCACCCCAGUGCAGCGGUCCUCAUCCAAGACCUCUAAGGGUGGAAAGGGGCCCAAAAAGAGCAGAAAAUUAGUUGGGAGUAACAGCACUGGAAAUCUCCGAGGCACCUCAGUCAUUGUCAAAAGAACUCAAAGCCGCUUGACUAAGACGAAUGACCAGACCCCACCAGCCAAACCUAAACUCAGGUCUGUUGUCUCUGCUGGUGACCUGAGCUGUUCAAAGGCCGGCUGUGCUGCACACAUCACUGUUACCACAGCUCAAGGACAGACUGUCUGUUUCUCUGAAGAGACAAAGGAUGAAAUUAGCCUGGACCUGCUUGAUGAUGUGGCAUGGUGCCAGAUUCAGAAGCUUACGAGUCUGAUGGACUAUUUGUCGAGGCAAAGUCGCAUCCAGCGAUGAGUAAAGACCAGGAUUUUUCUCCAUUUGGAUUGAAUUACAUUUUAAAGUUUUUAUAUUAGUACAAUUUUAAUAAAUAUCAGAUGUUAGACAGAUGUGUCUAAUAAGAGGAGCAGUGGUGUGUUGUCUUGGAGUUUUAAUAAUAUAAUAAAGCUUAUUUGUAUUUUGCAUGAUUGUCAGUAUGAUUUGUUCUGUCUGUAAAAUUUUAAAAUGCCCAUCACAAGUUUGAAAAUGUAUUGAAUUAGCUUAAUUUGACCUGAUUAUUAAAAACAAAUCAAUAUCAGUUUAACACUUGAGCAUUGCUAAAGUGUAACUGGAGCCCUAUUUAUGUGGUAAAUGGAACACUGGAUCUCACAAUACUACUGAAGUUUAAGGGUUUUACCCUGCCAGACAUGAUGAUAUAAUUGUUUUAAAAUUGUAUUUAUUGUAUUCUCUGUAAUAAUAAAAACCUAAUUUGAGUUGA